AGAGGAGAAGAGCGGGCAGCAUUAAAAUCUGCACUCAGACAUUCACGCACAGACGACAGGGCUGACCUAAAGGUGAAACCUAAAGACUGAUACCUUGGGAAAAUUACAAAAAAAAAACAAAACAAAAAAAAAAAAACAAUCCACCAUAGAUAUCUCUAGAGUGAAAGUUGAAAUGGACCAAAGAGAGGUGUUGGACACCCUCUCUGAUUUCCAGCCUUCUUCAAUGGGUGCAGGUGACCUGCGGGCCGUGGAAGCUCUGAUCUCCAUGACUGAGCACUGGAAGAUGAGGAACUGCAGGCCCAAACAGCCCAGACCCCUCACCCCCUCCUCAGAAUGCUCGGAGGAUGACGCCGGGCCCCCCUGUCCUUCUGCGAUGCAUGAGUCGUCUUUUUGCAUGACGCCACCCGACAGCCCACCCCACUGUGAGGCCGCCCUUUCAGGGUCACUGCCUAAGCUGCAUCACUCUCCAGAGGAUUCAGCCAUUUCCCAGAAGUACCAGUGCACUAGCGUGAUCCGCCACACUGCGGAUAUCCAGCACUGCUCCUGUAGCACUCAUCAACCCUUGCAAGAAGUCACAGCCUCGGCGUCUCUUGUGCAGGACUCUAAAACGAAUGUGGACGCCUCUAACAGCUGGACUAACAGAGACUCUGAUAAGACUGUUGCAAAACAGAAAACCUCCAAAAGUGAAUCAGCGCAUUUUGAACCCAGCCAGAUCCAGAUGAGUGGGAUAAAACUAGACGACAGAUCAAACACGGCCCCUUCAGCUCCGGCUGGAAUCACUCUCGUUUCUCGUGUACCAGUCUUCAGCCAGAUCGUCCCCGUGUCCUCCACAUCCACCGCGAGACCGCAAAACAGUGUCACAACCUCUUCGUCUGUUGCAUUAGCAAUCACGACCUCACACACUUCACAGCAGGAGCUUGGAUCGCCACUGAUACCAACAGGUUCCCCUCCACACAUCCUGUUAGUAGAGGGUCAGGUGGUAAAAGGCCCUGUAGUGUUUCUUGUUCCCCAACCAUCUGUUCCUGCCGUCUGGAACCUUCAGCAAGCACACAUGACAUCUGGUGGCACCAGGUUUGCCCCUAUUGCCCCCGGUCCUGGGCGCGCCGCGCUGGAGCAAAGGAGCGCCGCUCUACAAAGAGAGUCUUCACGUGUGCGCAGCCAUGUUUGCCCUCAUGAGGAGUGCGGCAAGACUUACUUCAAGAGCUCCCAUCUCAAGGCCCACAUGAGGACACAUACAGGUGAGAAACCCUUCAAAUGCAAGUGGGAGGGCUGCGAGAGGCGAUUUGCUCGUUCGGAUGAACUUUCCCGCCAUCGUCGAACACACACCGGAGAGAAAAGGUUUACGUGUCCCAUGUGCCUCAGCCGCUUCAUGCGCAGCGACCACCUGGCUAAACACGCUCGACGACACUUUGUGGCGAGAAAGAAAUCCUUCUGGGCAUUAGGGAUCAGCCCCUCUGCAGACCUCUCUGCAUCCAUUGCUGUUAAAGUCUCCUCUACAAACACUCUCGUGAGACACUAAUUGCUGAAAGGCCAAAGACUGCGAAAACAAACAAAAACUUAUUGAGGCUGAAUUUGCAGAUAUUUAUGUUUUUCCAGUUAAAAAGUGCAACAGAGGUUAAGCACCGCUGUGUGUAUGGAGGAGAGGAAUCAAACUCUCUUCCAUGAACUUUUUUUCCUGCAACUUUUUGUUUUUCUGUCAAUCUUUUUUUUUUAUUUGACCAAAGUGUUUGUGCCUUAUAAAAUGUAUUAUUUUUAAACAAUGUUUGUGCAAUGUUUAGUUUUUGUUAGGAACACAGUACUACAAGGCAAACUUUGCAACAACAUUGAGGUAAAGGGUUUGCAUGUUUCUGAGGUAAUGAUAAUAGUUUGUCCUGUAGCCAGUAGGGAAGGUUGCUGGUUCAAACCCUGCUCCAUUUGUCUCACAUGUUGUUUAUUUGGGCAAGAUACUUCUCCCGUCUUGCCUGCCAGUGGUGGUCAGGGCCCAGAGACACCGAUGCAUGACAGCCCUGCUUUUGAGAAAAAUUCAAAACCCAGUAACACGCAGCCACAUCAAUGAGCUGUU